AUGUUUUCAUCAGCUUUGAAGAGUUUUAGCUCAAAUAUAGCGGCCAAUUAUCAGCUGUCCCCUCAUCCAUCAUUUACGUCGGGCCCCUGGAAGGUGUAUGACGGUAAGAAAAAGAGUACCGGAAAUGAAGCUUCCAUUUUCGUUUUUGAUCGGAAAUCACUGGAUGUGCGGGGAGUCGGCCUUGCUUCCCAGUCAAACUCAUCAUCUCUGAAAAAGAUACAUGAUGAAGUUGUCGAACGGUUGAAACGAGAGGCUAGUAGCCUAACCCGGCUAAGGCAUCCUUCCAUUCUUCAAGUCUUGGAACCAGUGGAGGAGACUCGAAACGGCGGUUUGAUGUUUCCUACGGAGCCUGUCACCGCAUCUUUAGCAGGACUUUUACGCGAGAUGGAUGACCGGGAGACGUCUUCCGUUGGGGGCCGGCGAGCCGGUCAAUGUAUUACCGGGGAGGCUGAUGCCAAUCAGGCUGGAAAGGGUAUUGAGAUUGAUGAGAUCGAAAUACAGAAGGGCUUAUUGCAAAUUGCAAAAGGCCUGGAGUUUUUACAUGAAUCUGCUGGGCUCGUCCACGGCAACCUGACUCCCGAAGCUAUCUAUAUCAAUGCGAAAUCUGACUGGAAAAUCUCUGGCCUUGCUUUUGCUGGCCCUGCUGACUCGGGAUCACAAUCGUCACUGCCUCCGCUUGCACUAUCUGAAGUCUUACACGAGGAUCCUAGACUACCGUCAUACGUUCAACUCGACCUAGAUUAUACCUCCCCCGAUUUCGUAAUUGAUUCGAAUAUCACUACGUCUGCAGAUCUCUUUUCUCUUGGUCUUCUCAUCAUUGCACUUUAUAAUUCCCCUCACAUCUCUCCUCUUAAGACGCACGGCAACACUUCGACAUACAAAAAGUUGCUGGGUUCACCAUCAACAAUACCUUCACAAAAUAAUGGGUUUCUUUCCUCUCGUCCAAUCCCUAGGGAUCUAGCGUCAUGUGUUCUGCCAAGGCUUAUUACCAGGAGAGCGGCGCAACGAAUGAAUGCAAAGGAGUUCCAGCAAUCUCAGUAUUUCGAUAAUAUCCUAGUAUCUACCAUUCGCUUUUUGGAGUCUUUACCUACAAAAUCACCUAACGAGAAAUCCCAAUUCAUGAAAGGACUAGGUCGUAUUUUACCUGAAUUCCCACCUUCAGUUCUCGAAAGAAAGGUUCUUGGUACCCUCUUGGACGAAAGCAAGGAUAAAGAGUUAUUGCCACUGAUCCUGUCAAAUGUCUUUAAAAUUAUCAGAAUUAUUCCUUCCGGCCCGCGGGUCGUUCCUGAGAAACUUCUUCCCCACCUCAAGCCUGUCUUUCUCCAAACCGGAGCUAAAGGUCUCCCGCAGGAACGUGACAACAGCAAAGAUGCUAGUCUUAUGGUUGUUCUGGAAAACAUGGAUCUAAUUGCUAAAAACUGCUCGGGACGGAGUUUUAAAGAGGAUGCACUACCUUUGAUUCGACUAGGGUUAGAAUCCUCCACACAUUCAUUAAUUGAUGCCUCGAUGCGGUGUCUUCCGGUGAUUUUACCGAUUCUGGACUUUUCUACCGUAAAGGAUGACGUUUUCCCCCCGAUUGCUUCAGUUUUUAGCAGAACCAGCAGCCUUGCUAUCAAAGUUCGUGGCUUAGAAUCGUUAACUAUUUUAUGCGGCGGAGUGGCAAAGGAGGAAAUUUCAGGUUCGACUUUGGAUGAUGAUUUUGCAGAAGUUCCAAACAAAAUUCAACCAACCAAAUCUGGUACAGUUUCGAUUCUUGACAAAUACACGGUCCAGGAGAAGGUUGUUCCGUUGUUAAAAGCCAUUAAAACCAAAGAACCUGCGGUCAUGAUGGCAGCCUUAAAUGUGUUUCGGCAGGUCGGUCAGAUUGCUGAAACUGAAUUCAUUGCCCUGGAGGUCAUUCCGAUCUUAUGGAAUUUCAGCCUUGGCCCGCUUCUCAAUAUUCAGCAAUUUGGCCGUUUCAUGGAUCUGAUUAAAUCCCUUUCCUCAAAGGUCGAGCAGCAACAAACGAAAAAAUUGCAAUCACUCUCCUUGUCAAACGAGUUCGGAGAUGCUAAGAAUAGCAAUUCCUAUAUUAUUGGAACGACUGGCGUAUUGAACGGCGGAACUGAAGUUGAAAACUCAAAAUCAGAAUUUGAACGUCUGGUCCUUGGCAAAGGGACGGCGUCCAGUUCUAGCAACCCUUCCUGGAAUGACUGGGGCACGGCAACAUCCAACCCAACUAAUCUGCCGGCUAAGACUGAUAAUACUCCUAAGUUUUCAUGGUCGACCACCAAUCUUACAAGCACUGUGGGUCAUAAUUCGGGACCUAGCCAACGGUCGAUUACUCCUGACAUGAGCAUUAACUCCUUUCCUACGCUCGAGCCUACGAAUCUAAAACAGCAAGCGUCCACAAUAUCUCCAUUUCCCUCCUUGCAACCUUCGCAACCUUCUCAAGCUUCACGUUGGCCCAUGCUGUCACCAUCUGGGAAACCCGCGACAAACCCACAACGCAGCUCACUAAUGAAUCAAUAUUCCGCGAGCUCAACUUAUCAAACCUCAUCCACCACAACAGCACCAUCAGCCUCAUCGUUUGGGCACAUGCCACAAACGACCACGCCAUUUUCUCCAUUCCAAAUCUCUCCCCCUCCACCACCACCGUCAAAUAUCCAAUCCCAACAAACCUCGUCAUCCGCUUCCCUUUCUGCUGCGUUUAGUCAACCAAAACCAAACCCGAGCCAGCAGUGGCAGUUGACACUACCGGCUAUGCAACCCCGAAAUAAUCAACAGAAACAGGGACUUGAUAAAUAUGAAAGUCUGCUUUGA